AUGGCGCCAACGACACCACCCCUAACCGCUCUCCUCAAAACCUCCGACAACUUCCUCGCCCACCUCUCCCGACUCCUCUCAACCCAACAUGGAGCGUCAGCAACAUGCUGCACCCUCUACUACACCCUCCUCCUAACCCACUCCCAACUCACCCGCCUCCUAACCCACCGCUACCGCCUUCUCGCUGAAGAAAUCGCAACCAAAGCCUCGGGUUCCCUGCUACCGGGCGAAAUCCUCACAGCGACCAUCGAACCGCCCCACUUACGUCUCACAACUGCCUGUGCCUCCGUCCGUUCUCUGGGAGACGCCGUCAAUGAUUUCCGAACAUUCUCUCGCAUGUGGGGGUUGGUGAAAUUGUACGCGCGAGCAAGAGAAAUGUGGCAACAUCCAAAGAGAGAUCCGGCGCUUAACGUGUUGGCGUGGGCGCAGGUGGGGACUACGGUAGGAUGGCAGUUGUUUGAGAAUUUGGCAUUUCUGGUGCAAAAGGGCGUUUUGAGGGAUGGGAGGUUUGUGGCCAAGGAGGGCAAGUGGUGGUUGUGGAGUUCGAGGUUUUGGUUGGCGGAGAUAAUGUUGGAGUUUGCGAGAUUGGCGAGAGUGAGAAGUUUGAGGUACAAUGAAGAUUUCGGAGCGGAGAGUGUGGACGAUGGGGAGAAGGAGAUGAAGGUGCAGAGUCGGGAGUUGGAGCAGCGGUGGUGGAGGGAAUUGUAUGCCAAUCUGGGAUGGUUGCCGGGCGGGUUGCRUUGGAGUCUGUGGGAUGAGGAGAACAGUCCGAUCAGUGAGGCGUUGUUGGGAAUGUCGGGUAUGGUGCCGGGUAUCAUCGCACUUCAGGAUGCGUGGAAGACGUGUUGA